UGUGUGUGUGUGUGUGUGUGAAUGCCUCCAACAGGGUCGAGCCCCAUGUCGGCAGCAAAAUAAAACAAUCCGGGGGGUCAAGUCGCCUCUUUUAGAUCGCCGAGGUUAGCAUGAGUAGUGCUUUCCUCGGUUUAGUGCGUGAACCAGGACUUCCAGCAGGUCUUCGCUGAAUGUUGGGGGAGGAAGAAGCCUUUCCCACUGCUGGCGUGCGGCCCUGAAGCAGACCGACCAACCGUGCCAUGGAUCACGUGCUGUCCUUUGCAGACUUUUAUGUAUUCACGCCGUAUGUCUACCCUGCUUCAUGGCAAGAAGACGGGGCUUGGCGCCAGAUCCUCAGCCUGUUUCUUCUCACUAACCUUGGAGCACUGCUGCUUUACCUGCUCUUUGGUGCGCUGAGCUUCUACUACGUCUUCGACCACAGGCUCACCAAACAUCCACAGUUUGUUAAGAACCAGGUGAGUCAAGAGAUCCAUCUCGCCACUACCUCCAUCUUCUGGAUGAGUUUCCCCACAGUGAUGCUUUUCUUCUGGGAGGUCAGAGGUCACAGCAAACUUUAUGAUGGCGUCAAGCAAACUUUCAUGGGUUGGUCUGAGGUGUUGGCGAGCAUUGUUGGAUUCUUGUUCUUUACGGACAUGUGCAUCUACUGGAUACAUCGCUGCAUGCAUCAUAGGAGCAUCUAUAAGUACUUACAUAAACAACAUCAUUUAUUCAAAAUCCCCACGCCGUUUGCAAGUCACGCCUUCCACCCGCUGGACGGCUUCUUGCAGAGCCUACCCUACCACAUCUACCCCUUCAUCUUCCCGCUCCACAAGGCCGUCUACCUGUCUCUCUUCGUCUUUGUCAAUGUCUGGACCAUUUCCAUACACGACGGCGACUACCGCAUCCCGGGCCCCUUGAUACAUCUCAUAAACGGCGCUGCCCAUCACGUGGACCAUCACCUCUUCUUCAACUACAACUACGGACAGUACUUCACACUCUGGGAUCGUCUUGGAGGCUCCUACAGACACCCUUCAGUCCUCCAGGGGAACGGACCACAUGAUCACAUCCGUAAAAUCGCAACAGAGACGGCACGGAAAAAGUGACCAUGGCGAACGGUCUCGCAGAAGACUGAAAAGACUGAAACGUUUUAGUGGCUUUGUCCUGCAACAUGUCAAACCAAAGAACUAUUAGUGUACAUGUUUAAUGCUGUAUAAACCUAUGUAUGUUAGACACUCGUCUGUGACUUAUUAAAUAGCAAGACCUUCGCUUAAAAGACAUUUCACAAGCUUAAGAACUGCAUGCAGCACACUUAUCAAGUGAUUGUGCCAGAAAACUACAAACAGUUCAACUAUAUUUCAAUGCACUAACAUCAAACCAGGUGAGGAUGAACAUAGCUGGUGUUAUGGUUCCACAGUCCAAGUCCAGUCAGUGGUGAUUCAACUCCCAGUGUUCGGAGUGUUUUCGUGCAGGCUCUGCAGGGAGAGGUCCGUCCAUUUCAUCUCCUGCUCUUUCACAGACUCCGUGGAUCCCCCGUUGUCCUGCUCGGCCUCAGGGAGUUCACUCUGAAAGACCACAAAACUGAUUAGAUGACAUUCAUCUCAGAGGCCGAAGAUCCUAAUCCACCUCAUUUUACUCCAUCUGGAUCUGACAACCAAUAGUGGUGAAAUAUUGGCAGGGCUACUUGUUAUCUACAUUCUGUCAUUGCAGUUUUUACUAAACAAUAAGCAGGAUAUGUCAAACGAGUCUAUCGUGUGAUUGAGAGAUCAGUCCAAGGUAUACCAUACUGUAUCGUACUCCCAACUUCCCCAUGACCCUACAUGGUUUACAUGUUUAGAACACGGGGUGUCAAACUCAUUUUAGCUCAGGAGCAACAUGGAGGAAAAUAUAUUCCCAAGUGGGCCAGGCUGGUAAAAUCAUGGCAUAACCUAAAAAUAAAAGACAACUAUAGAUUGUUUUCUUUUGUUAAAAAUAGCACAUACUGAAAAUGUACAAACCAUGUUUUUUUUACACUUACAUGUUGCGGUUAAUAGUAUUAUAUCUUUAUUGUGUUGGUCGAUAUUUAUAUUUUCUGAAUAAAUGAUGUGAUAAUGAUAAUGUGUCAAAUAAGUGAAAUUGAGUCUGGCUGAAUUUUAAAAUGCUCCCAUUGGUGUUAUUUUU